GAAGAUGCCAAUCAAUCGAAAUCUACCUUUCUCAGUAAUAUGUCGCAUGAGAUUCGAACUCCCAUAGCCAAUGUUUUGGGUAUCAUUGAACUCUUACUGGAAACCGAAUUGGAUUCACUUCAAAGAGAUUAUGCAGAAACUAUUAAAUCUUCUGCUGAUGGUCUCUUAGAUGUAGUAGGGGAUAUUUUGGAUUUUAGUAAGAUUGAAUGCGGGAAACUAUCAUUUGAUCCUUCACCUUUCAAUUUGAAAGAUCUGUUUCAUGAACUCGAUCGAAUCUUUACUCAUACUGCUCGAAGCAAGCGAAGUCGAUUCCAAUCUAAUCUCACCAUCGAUCCUACCAUUGGCACUAACCCUGAGAUCAUCGGGGACAAGGGUCGAGUGAGACAAGUGCUUAGCAAUUUGGUAUCCAACAGUUUGAAAUUCGCUCCAACCGGUCGAAUCACACUGGAUCUGAGACUCGAAAGAUCUCCGCCGGAUCGACUGAAAUUAUCAGCCACAAUUAAAGAUGAUGGGAUCGGAUUGACACCCGAAUCAUUACGGAUCCUCACGAGUUGGCAACCAUUCUCACAAGCUGAAAGUUCGACAUCUAGACUUUAUGGUGGAAGUGGCUUAGGUCUCUGUAUUGUCAAGACUUUGGUAGAUGCAAUGGAUGGGACAGUUUCACUUGAGAGUGAAGGACUUGGUAAAGGAUGUAAAGCUAAAGUUGAAAUGAUGUUACAGUAUACUACAAAUACGAAUCAUACCACCCCUAAUCAUGUUCAUUCACCUGAUUCAUGUAAUCCACCUAAUUCUAAAAGCAUUCCUGAAUCUAAUCACAGACGUUCAUCACAAUCAACCAAACGAAGAACAAGAUCGGUUCGAAACAAAGACGCUUCAAACCAAUCUAGAUUAACCAAAUCAAGAGAUCAAUAUUGGAUUCUCUUAGCCGAAGAUAAUCCGAUCAUGGCCAAGAUUACGAUUGGAUUAUUGAAAAAGAUUGGAUUGAGUAAAGUGGAUUUAGUCGAGAAUGGAAAAGAAGCGGUUGAAAGAAUCAAGAAUCGGAUUAAGAUCUAUGAUUUGGUGAUUUUGGAUUUGAUUAUGCCUGUACUUGAUGGA